UAAGGAAUAAAUUUCUCCAUAAAGAAAACAUUUUAACUUAUUAAUUUUUGUAUUUUACAGCGUUUACACAGAUCUAUAACAAGUGCAGAACUAGUGCCUGCUCACGAGACUUGUAGAGAAAUGAUCGGUAUAAUGAAGAACAGAGAUUUUAUGAAACUAUUCCAGAAAAACACCAUAAAGACUAGCAAAAUGGCAGACGCAGCCAAAAGGAAACGAUUGAAUAGAAAUUUCUUCGACAUAAUAGAAAAAGCUAAAUGCCCAACGUCAAUAGCGAUGAAAGAAAUGCAAGAUAAUAACUUGUUUGGUGAUGAUUCACAACCAAGUACACCGGUGCCAAAGAUAACUGAAAUUUCUCUAAAGGAUAUAACCCAAGUAGUUGAUAUGGACGAGUUGAGAAAACAGAAUCUAGAGUUUAAGGGUAAUUGCGGUGAUUUGUUAUUACCAGUAAGGGAAACAAAUGUUGACGAUUGUUCAACAAAUGCAGGUUUCGAUUGGACACCUCCACAAAAAGAUGAGCAUGAUUUGUCCACGGAAAUUCUUUCAAGUUGCUCAUUUUCCAGCUCAUUUUCAACAGGAAACUCUAGUGUUCAGAAAAAUCCAGAUAAUUUUGAUCCGCUCAGAUAUAAAUCUGAAACACCACCCCUCAUUGAGUCAAGUUUACAAACGAUUUCAGAAACAAAUCUGGUGAAGAGAGAAGAGCAUGUGUAUGACGUCCCGUCUGAACUAGACCCCUGCCUUCCACUUCAAAAGAAGACUCCAAACGGGGACAUGUUUUCUGAUGAGUAUAAACCAAAGAGGAGAGAACUUUCAUUUUCACCCGACGCUUGUCCUCAAAAGGGCGGUGUUGUUUUGAACAAUGAGAAAGGUGUAUCUUCAUUUAGACGAUUAUCAAUACCUGAUACUAAGACGAAAGAAUCAAGAACUUUCCAUCCUCGAAAGCGACAAACUGUUCAUGGAAACAGAAGGGACAAAACACAAUCAAACUUGGACAUUGAACAUUUUAGCAAAGAGGAAUUACUGCUUAUGUGGAAAUCGUCCGAGCUUGAGCUCAGUAAUAAAUUAGAAGCUGCUGUGAAAGACAAACAAAGACUGGAAACAAAGUUAAACGCCCUUAAACUGCACAUGAGUACACCAGUUUGACAACACACCGGGAACAAGACUUACCUUUCGCUUCUGUUUAGUCAGUUUGCCCUGUUUCUUCGAGCAGGAGUCAGAGCACAUUUUAGGUAGAUUGAAUCUGCCUAUAGAAACUUGCCACGUGAGGAUGGGGAAGGAGACGCAUGUUGGAAAUCGUAAUGUAUAUUGGCUGAGGUUUCUAAACGAUUCACCGGAAACUUGAUUGAUUAAAAUGACUGUCGAAUUCUGUAAAAGGUUGAAGUGUAAUCGAAUGUUAAAUGGACAUUGUCAUUUGUAAACAUAGGCAAAUGAGAAGAUAGAUAAAUAAAUUAAAUCUUAAUCCAUAUUUUUUUCGUCAUAUUUUAACAAAAUAAAAACAAACAUCUGCUAUUUAAAGUAAUAGACCAACAGACUUUUGAAAAAUGUUAUUGAAAUGUGAUUGUAUAUCUAGUGUGACCAUAUAAUUCUAAAUUAGAGAUGCCAAGUGAAAUAGGAACGUAAAAGUUAAUUGGAAAACAUCAAAAGAUACUUAAGUAUUGAAAGAUUCUUACAGAUAUUCUUGUUUACUAAACAAACAUUUACAGACAUUUAGGAACAAGGAUUUAGAACAGAUUGAUAACACUGUAACGAAAAAAAUGUUGAAAAAUAUUGAAAAUGGUGUUGGUCAUUUAGUGUUGGAUUUUAGGGAGUAGCAAAUAUUUCAGAAAGGAAAAUUGAAUGUUGUCAAAUACCUUUUAAAAGCGAGUAUUAACUGUGUGUUAUUAUAUAAAAGAUAAUUAUCCAUCCAUUUGAACCAUUGUAGGUGAAGGUUAUGUACAAUCAUGUUGUUAUCCUCCAUUAUCAUUAUUUUACCCAUCCUGAUUUCAUUAUCAUCAUCAGUACAUUGAUCGUUCAACUACAUUAUCAACCUGUACAUUGUCACUGCAUUAUUAUUUUGAUAAUUCGUAUUGUUAAAUAUCAUCACUUGGUAACAUUGAAUCUGUUGUUGAAAAUAAGUUAUUAAAAUGCCUUUUUUGCGAUUUGUUCAUAUAGAAAUACAAGAACUGAGUUUUAUUUUAAUGUUUUCUUCAGAAAUUUUAUAGCUUAGGAUCAAGUCUUCUUGGAAAUGUAGUUUUGUAUCAUAUUUCAUGAUGAUAAUGGACAUGCCUUGAAAGGUACAUGUUUGGAUCAUUAAAAGACAUUAUUAGAGAAUGAACCAUAUUUGAUUUAAGAAUGUAAAAUCCUUUGACAGUAACUGCAAGCUUCAUUUUCACAACAUGGAAAGCACCUUUUUGUCUAUAUUCUCUACUAUAGAGGCAAAGUAUAAUACAUGUCACACUGCUAAACUUUUGGUCUUUGUUUUGAUUUGUCUUUGUCCUCAACUUCUGGUCUUUUUCUUGACAUGUCUUAUCAAGUGCCGGUCUUUGUCCCACAUGCCCUAUCAACUUCUUGUCUUGACUUAACGUAUCAACUUCUCUCCUGGAUUUUCCUUGACAUAUCCUAUUUUCCUUGACAUGUCCUACUAUAUUCUAGUUUUUGUUUGACAUGCCCUAUCAACUAUGGGUUUUUGUUUGACAUGCAAUAUCAACUUUUGCAAUACUAAUAUAUUUAAAAGUAAAUUGUCAAUUCAAACGUGUGUUGCCUGUCUGAGAAUAAUGAUUCUAUCACGUCCAAGGUUGUUAGUCAUUCGCUGGAAGAACGAAUGGUAGAUUAGUUAAAAAACAGAAUGCUCUAAUUGCUUUGAUAUUAUAAGCGAUACACUUCAUUUUAUAUUUUUGAUAAAAGAAAAAGAAUGAAAAGUACUUCAUUUUCUUGACUUGUCCAAUUGCAAUUUAUUUUGGAAACAAUAAUAAUUAUUCACAUAUACUUCCAACACCCAUCACUCGAAAGGGCAGUAAAAGAAUAGACAUAGUAUCUAAUUAUUUAUGUUAAAGAUUUUUAUAUAAAGAAAAUGUUUAAGAUAUUACAUUAUAAUAAAUGUGUUACUCUUCAUGCAUCUCUUUCCAGCUGAUUUUGAACAAAAAUCAUGUAGGGGAACUCUUACGCGAGCCUCCGUGUUUUCAAACAAAUAAAAUAAAUCAGAGCAAAACUUAGAGGACAAAAUAUUUACAUAAAUUUUCAGCACAAGAUAUCUUCAAUCUACACGGCUAGAUACGUUGAAACCAAUAUCCAUGUAACCGAAAAGUUUCCAUUUGAUUGGACAAUAAGUUUAGGUCACGAAUACAUCUAUAUGCUUCAAUUGGUGUAUGUUUGAUUUUGGUUACCGAAAUGAUCCAUAUUUUCUUACAAAUAAACAUUUUUUGAUAUGACUCUAUUAGUUUCAUUUCAGCAAUUGUCAUCAUUAUCUUGAUAGUCUUUAUUUUUUAUGUAACUGCUGCGACAUGAUACAAGUAUUUUUAUCUUUACUUAUAACUUUCAUUGUAGGCAGAUAGGUUUUGCAUUAGUGCUUUUAUCUUUAUUAAAAUAUACAGUAACAAUACAUCAUAUUAACAUCAAUUCUAUUUCUGCAAUUAAUGUUUGUUAUUUUUCAAGAUUUUUUUUCCUAAUUUUUCUAUGAAAUACUGCUGUGUUUUAACAUACUUCAUCAUACAUUGUUUAUUACAGAUGAAUUUAUUACUAACUUUACCCAAGACAAUAAGUAUUUUAUGAGAUGAAAAGACAUUAUAGAUAUGUGUGUAUCAUUUAAAAUUGUGAAAACGUAUGAUUCUUUUUGUUGAAUACCAUUGCCAAAAUAAAAAUAUUGA